AUGGACUUAAAAUACUCCAAACUCUUGGAAGACGUCUUUUUACUAAUAGGUAAUAAUUACAUUUCUGUAUGGGAUACAAAAACGCUCAAGCAAAUUAAAAAACUUCCAACUAGCCAAGUUACAAAAACAUCCUCCCUGUCCACUUUAUAUCUUUUGGAACGUCCAACUGUGUGGAAAAACAAAAAGGUUGUUUUGAUUGCAGGUUGUAAUGAUGGAUCCAUCUCCGUGACAAAUGUUAUAAAAAAGAUGGAUGGUGAUUUGACCUUUUCUUAUGUACGGACAUAUGAGAAGCACUUCGAGCCUUAUGCCCCCAUCAGCUACAUUUGCAUCCACCCCAGUAUCAACGCGGCCUUCGUCGGGGACGCCAGUGGCGUCGUCUUUACGUUACCCAAAAUUCUAAACACGCUCAAGCACGACGAUGCGCAAAGGUGA